AUGAACGACAGAGUUCCUGACGACUUGACGAGGAGAGUACUGGCGGAUAUGGAUAAUCUUCGGGCCGGAUAAGAUAAACGCCACCACCACCGCUUCUACUCCUUUUCCCGCCCCACUCCGCCGUCCGCUUCUCUCUCUCUCUCUCUCUCUCAUCUUCCAUCUCCUGCCUGUUACUACCUAAUGGGGGUUUCUGCUCCUCCGAAAGAGGCGGACCGCCUCAAGACCACUGUCGACGAGAAUGCCCGCAUUAGUGACGAAUUCGACAGUGAAGGAGAAGCAAGCGAAGGGUCAGAGUUAAGUGAAGUAGCUACUGAAGAGGGUGGUGGUUCUUCGGGCGAUGAGGAUGCCAGUACCAGCGAUGGUAGUGGAUUGGAUGAUGAUGAUGAAGGUGAAAAGGGUGGCUCUGGAGAAGAGGCUGAAGCGAGAGGUUCUUCUUCUGAUGACGAGGAUGCCUCUGCAACAGAUAAUGAUGGACUAGACAGUGUGGAAGGAAGUGGAGACUCUGAUUCUGAGCGCAGUCGAGUCUUUGAAGAGAGCGAUUCUUCGGAGGAUGAGCUCCUCGAAAUACAAUUGGAGAUGUUCCCUUGGAGUGGUACAAGGAUGAGCCACAUAUUGGAUAUGACAUUGAAGGGAAGAAUAACCAAAAAAGAAAGACAAGACAAACUCGACUCUUUCCUUGCUAAUGUUGAUGACUCAAAAAAUUGGCGCAAGAUUUAUGAUGACUACAAUGACGAGGAUGUAGAACUAACCAAGGAAGAAGCAAAAAUGAUCAGUAGAUUGCUCAAUGGAAAGGCACCACAUGCUGAGUUUGAUCCAUAUGCGCCGUAUGUUGACUGGUUCAAAUGGGAUGAUGCUAUACAUCCAUUAUCAAAUGCACCAGAGCCAAAGCGAAGGUUCAUUCCUUCGAAAUGGGAAGCUAAAAAGGUAUUUGUUGUCAAAUAUGUCAGGGCUAUUCGUAAAGGAUUGAUAAAGUUUGACAAACCAAAAGAAGAACCCCGUUUCUACAUGUUGUGGGGGGAUGAUUCUGGCGCUGCAGAUAAGACUAACCAUUUGUCUUACAUACCUGCCCAAAGCCAAAGUUACCAGGGCCCUGUUGUUUCGAUUUCAACUGAAGUUUCAGGAGAAUGGAUUGCAUCAGGUUCUACUGAUGGGACUGUUCGAAUUUGGGAGGUCGAGUCUGGUAGAUGCCGAAAAGUCUGGCAGUUUGAUGAAGCUGUGCAUUAUGUAGCUUGGAAUCCGAUGCCUGAGCUUCCUAUAUUAGCAGUCUCUGUGGGUCAGGAUGCAUAUCUCUUGAACACUGGUGUAGGAAAUGAAGAGACCCAAAGAAAACUUGGGGAACUUCUAUAUGUUGAGGCAGCUAAAGUCUCGGAUGAUUCGAAUAAUCCCAUAUGUAGCUGGAUCCAAGAUGACGAACAUGGAGGAAUCAAGCUGAGACAUGCUAAGACCGUGUCUUCUGUGGAGUGGCAUAGAAAAGGAGACUAUUUUUCAACUAUAAUGCCAGCAGAUAUCCUUUUCUUGCUGUUGUUCUCUCUUGCAAUUUUUCGUUUGUAUGCCUCUGCUUUCUAUGUUGCCUUGACUUGCUUAUCACGUGAAUCAAAAUCAGUCAUGAUACACCAGCUCUCUAAGAAGCUUACGCAAAGGCUUCCAUUUAAGCUGAAAGGAAUUGCAGUAUCAUCAGUAUUUCAUCCUACACGUUCCAUAUUCUUUGCUGUCACAAAGAAGAAUGUAAGAGUGUAUGAUCUGCUGAAGCAGAAAUUGAUAAAGAAGCUUGAGACUGGUCUCCGUGAAGUCUCAUCUAUUGCAAUUCAUCCUGGUGGUGAUAAUGUGAUUCUAGGAAGCAGAGAAGGAAAGCUAUGUUGGUUUGAUAUGGACCUCUCAUCUAAACCUUACAAGAUUCUCAAGUCUCAUUCGAAGGACGUUACGAAUGUUGCAUUCCAUCGUUCGUACCCACUGUUCGCAUCAUCUUCUGAUGAUGGCACUGCAUAUGUCUUCCAUGGGAUGGUGUACUCGGAUCUUAAUCAGAAUCCUCUGAUUGUUCCAUUGGAAAUUCUUCGUGGGCAUACAACCUUUAAUGGAAGAGGAGUAAUGGAUUGCAAAUUCCAUCCGCGACAACCUUGGUUGUUCACUGCUGGUGCUGAUUCGUCGAUCAAGUUGUAUUGCCAUAAUUAAGGUACUAGGUACUGCUGCUGAAGAAAUUAUGGCCAGGUCGGUGUACGCAGAAGUUGUGUAUGGAAUUCCCUACGGAGUCCUGUUCCUGAUCGGUAGACGCCAGGUCAAACAAACUCCAGAAUCUGUAGGGCAGCUCCUUUCUUCCAUGGUUUGUCAUUGUGCUCUGCAUUGCUAUGGAGAAUAGGUACGAGGAGGGAUUUAUGUCAAAGGAUUCUUGGAUCUAGAGGCUCGCCCACGCUUGGACCUAGAGUUUUGUUUGCUUUACUAUUUCCCUGAAAUUUCAGUCAAAUGAGAUGGACUUGGGAGUUGUAAGUAGAGUGUGGAAGGAAUAGGGCUAAUUUUCUUGUUGCGUCUUUGGGAAGGAAGUAAAAAAAAAAAAAAAAAAAAACGAGAAAGCAGACCCAAGGACACUUUAGACAAAAGAAGAAUAUAUCUAAUUUUGUUUGUUUUACGUAAAUUUCAAUUGUAUUAGUGUUUGAGCCUAGAAUGUACUAAGUGGUUAUGAUGCUCCGAUUUGAACUCCCUCGUCGGAUUUCCUCGAGAGGAAGAAUUUGUGAGGCGGGGGCGGCCUUGAAAUCUACGCUCCGAUGCUCAAGUUGGUACGAUCUAGGAGAGGAUGUAUGAUAUGUAGAGAGAUAAAGUAAUGAGAGAGUUUAGAGAGUGAACCAUAGGUGGAGAGUGUCGGAAGGGAAGAGAGCCUUCUUGAUGUUGCCCCCUAGUAGGAGGCGUUUCAUCUUCUAGCUUGCUGGUUCUUUCUUCUAGCCUGUUAGUCUUUCUGUUUCCUUUGAAGCGCUUUAGUAUUUCGGCUUUCUCGG